GUUGGGACUUCCUGCUGUGUCGUCACUCGGUGCGUAGCUGUUCCUGCAGAGGACGGCAGGGUUGCUGCGCUCCUCAGACUGGAUACCGCAGAUUUUUAGCCUUAUUCAUCUUUUCACAAGAGGACGAUGGAUGAUUUGACCGAAUAUCCCGUUUUCUUCGAGUGCCACAGCCUGCUGAAAGAGCAGCAAAAGAAGAUAGAGAAGUAUUUCCGUAUUCACCGCAAAUCUCGCGGAGGCGACUGCGGACCACUGAUAAGAGUGAAUGAAAAAGUUUACAGCAUAGCUUUCAAAUAUCAGAAAGAUCAGCAGGCAGUUCUGCAGAAGUAUCAGCAUUCAGUGGACCUUGGAGACGGUCCACUGGUGUUCACUGUCCGAGGCAGUCUGGAACCUCUCUCCUCCUCUCCCAGUUCCACCUCGACUCCAAGCCAGAACUUCACAGCUCCAGCGCAGAGCCAGCAGCCCAUUCUUGCUUCAUCUCCUCCAUCAAGUGGUGAAGAAUAUGAACUACGUUUUGAUGGUUAUCUCCUUCAUUACUUAAAGGAAAGUCCCAAGGCUGGGAGAGAACUAGAGGAAGAACUUGCCUCUGUGGCCUGCUCUGCUCGGCUUUACCCAGAAGAAGAGAGGGUUUUAGUCAGGAAUUUAGCUCAGCCUGGUGCUGUUGAUAGAGAUGGAGUCAAAAAGUGGGAAGGUGAGGUGGACAAACUCUUUAAAGGUUUACAGGAACGCUACCACUGCCAUUGUGAGAUAAACCCUCGCAAAGUGAAAGCUUUGCUUCAGUCCCGCAGCUCUCAUCAGACCACAGAUGAGGUGAAGGUGUACAGUGAGGGUGGGAUGGCUAUUGUGGUUGGGGAACAAUCUCAGGUGGAUGCCAGGUUGAGAGAUAUAGAGGACAGGUCAUGUGUAAGAGAGAAGAAAACCCAUAUUUGUCGACUGGGUGAGGCCAAGCUUCGCCUCCUCUGGAAAGACAUCGAGCACUUUUUGCGACAAGAUCUUCCAGGGGUCAAGGUGACACAGGGAGAUGCAGGACAGUUAGUCCUGGAAGGUUCUGUGGAGGAGAUUCUUACGGCUAGACAUUGGAUCUCUGAUAAGGAGAAUUUGGUGUUAGAGAGAUCUGUUUCUGACAUGAGCCCACAUCUUUUAACCUUCCUGAGAAAGGCAUAUAGAGGUCCAGGGGCUCUAGGCAAUUUUUUAGGCGUUGGUGACAACCUAGAAAUAGAGUUACGAGACACAGAGAUACGACUCUUCUCUCUCUUCACUGAUAAUCUGGAUGACACAGAAAAGGCACUGCAAGGCGAGUUCAAGGAAGUAAAUAUUGAUGUUCCUAACUGCUCUGCAGUGCAAUAUGAGCUUCAGUUAGACCUUAAAUCCAAGGAAAAUGAGAUGAACCAAGGACAAUGUAGGGUUCGGGCCAUAUUUGGUUCAGGCAGCACAGUGUGCUUACUGGGCCACACCAAAGAGGUUGAAGAGCUGAGAGAAGCAUGUGACAGGCUUCUCCAAGUGAUAAAUACAGGAAACAAUACACCAAGAGAUUUCGGGUUCUGGACGGAUGCUGCUGCCCAGAACACAGGAAGUGGAGCCACUGGUGGAGGUUCUGGAGAGACUGUCCAUGUAGAGAUCGUUCAGGGAACCAUCGAGACCCAGCAGGUGGAUGCCCUGGUAUCUCCUAUGUACGGCCACGAUCCUCUCUCUACCCGUGUUGGAAACACUUUGUCUGCGAUGGUUGGAGGUCAGCUGGCUGCAAGGUUUACAGAGGAAGCUGGAGAAGAAACGAUGCCUGGUGACACAGUCAUGGUGGAGGGUUUGCCUGCACUUCCAUCUAAAGCAGUAAUCUUCCUCAACCUGGUUCCUUGGGGUGAUGACCCAGAUGGGACAGCAGUCGAGGUUAUGAGAAUGGCCAUCAAAGAAACCCUGACUUCUUGUGAAAACAGAAGAUUUGAUUCUGUUGCUUUCCCUGUACUUGGAGCUGGGAUUGCCCUGCGUUUUCCUGAGAGCGUGGUUGCCCGGGUUCUACAGGAGGAAGUUGAUACAUUUAAACAGACCAGAGCCAGCAAAACACCGUUCCUGGUCCGCAUUGUCAUCCACCCUGAUGAGUCUAGCAUGGCCUUCCAGUGCAUCGAGGAAACUUUGACACUCUCAAAAGAUUUCCACCAACCAGACCAAGUGUCGACUAAGAGGAUCGUCCUGCUGGGAAAAACUGGAUCAGGGAAAAGCAACCUAGCCAACACCAUAUUUGGAGAGCAAUUGUUCGAUACAAACGACUCUCCCAACUCUGGAACACAAAAAUGUGAAGCAAAAACAAAAUCUGUCAACGGAAGAAGCAUCACUUUGAUUGACACUCCUGGGUUCUUUGAUGUAGUAAGGAAGGAGGAUGAGGUAAAGCCUGAGAUAAUGAGGUGUAUCACUGAGUGUGCUCCUGGGCCUCAUGCUUUUCUUAUUUUGCUCAAAGUGGAUAAAUUCACAGAGCAGGAGAAAGAUGUCAUCAAGAAAAUACGUGAGUUUUUCACUGACGAUGCUCUAAAAUAUGCUGUAAUUGUCUUCACUCACGGUGAACAGCUCCCUAAAGGGAUGACAAUCGAGGAGUUUGUCAGUCAGAAUAAGGAUCUGAGUCAUCUGGUGAAUCAGUGUGGUGGUCGGUGCCACGUCUUUGAUAAUAAAUACUGGAACAAUAAACAACCAAAUAACUACAGGAGCAAUCAGUUCCAUGUGGAGAAGCUACUCAACACAGUGGACAAGAUGGUGAUGGAAAACGAUGGAGGCUACUACACCAAUGAGGUGUUUCAAGCAGUAGAGAAAGAAAUACGGAAAGAGGUAGUGCAUAUUGCACAGUCAUCAGGAAACAUGUCAGUGGAAGAGAUCAGAAAGCAGGCUAAAACCAGAGUGUGUAAUAGAUUUUUGGUCCAACUGACAGGUACUGCAACAGGAACUUUGCUAGGAGCUGUUUUUGGUGUGGCAGCAAUGGUCAAAUUAGUUAUCAAAGCCAUACAGAAGCCUACAGUAAUCAUAAAUGCUGUGAAACAAAUUCCAGCAUUAACAGGAGCAGCAGUUAUAGGAGGAGAAGUAGCAGGAGUAGCUGCUGCAGCUGUGGUAGGUGUGUCUACAGCAGCCUUGGCUACAACAGGAGGAAUAAUAGGUGGUGUUACAGGAAGUGAAGCAGCUGAGGGAGCAGAAACAGUUAUGGAGGCAGCAGAGAGGGCGGCUAAGGCUGUCAUGGACAAAGGAAAAUCUAUCUUAAACUCUAUUAGCUGAUUUUAUGUUAUUUUUACAUGGGGGAAGCUGAACAAACUGAAAACUGGAUUCACAUACAAUCACUACUAAAAGUCAGCACUACCUAUUUACACAUUUACAGCAUACACUGAGCAACAUUCAUUUAGUUGCGUUUCUGUUGUUUUCUGUCCACCUGACAAAUGCUUAUCCAGCAUUAACUCUCCUUUUAUGUCUAUUAGGUCUCCACCAACAUCUAUAUGUUCACCAGCUAGUCCCUAACUUUGUCUGUCUAUAGUUUGGUGUUUGUCAGGUGGCUGUACAGUGUUUUCAUCAGAGCUUUUUGUUGCUGCAAGCUGAGACUAGAUAAAAGGUUGAAGAGAGUUUUGCCGUAAAACCAAAACUCUGUAGAGCUGAGGGGAAAUGCACAGUUGGUUGAUGAUUCUCAGUCAUUUUAACAAUUAUUAAAACAAAAAUGUUGAUUAGUGCAGCUUUAACAUAUGGGAAGAAUGUUUUUGGGCAGAAAACCACAGUAGAAUCUAAACAAGAAAUGCAGUGACUCUAAAAAUGGUAGAGGGAAAUGUUUAUUCUCAAGAAUCUCUUUUAUUACUUACUUGUAUAUCACUUGUCAAUUAUGUUAUAUAUAAUAUGUAUAAAAUAUAAUGUAUAAAAACAAUAAAUAUGUGGUACUGUAAGAGGAACUGUGUCACUUUAAGCUGCAAAUGCUAAGCACAAAGUAUCAGAGUAAUCACUGUCCAUCAGUGGAGGAUGGGCACAAUCAUUAUUUAUAUAGAUAUCUUUUAGGUUGUGAUGUGAUAACCUCAGUAUGCCUGGAAGAUUCAAGUGAUUGUCACUAUAUAUCUGAAAGUGAUCAUCAGAAUGUGUAUUCUCCAUGAUUGCAGGGUGUUGAAAGAUGACAAGUUUACUUUUUGCCAAUUAUCUCAUAUAUUUGUUACAAAUAAUUUUUUCAUCAAUAAAAUUAAUUAAUAAAUAUUAAUUAAGAUUAA